UUCAUAUUUCAACCGCAAUUUGAAAAUUUUGACCUGGCAACCCUAUACUAGUGAAUAUACAUGGUGCAUGCUACAACUCCUGGUGUGGUAAUGAAUGAAUGAAUUCUAAACUUAUACUAUGAAAAUUCAAACUGUCGCAGAAAACAUCGAUAAUUUACUUAAGCUUAGGAAAUUAAAAAUUAAAAAAACAAUAAAAAAUAAAGAUUACAUUGAAUAUUUGGGGUAUCAAUAUUUGCUGCACAAAUCUGGUAAAAGUGCUAUAUAUUACUAUUGCCGCAAAAGAUGUGGUGGCAGAGCAAAGCUCUUCAUUUAUUGUGAUUUUAGUAUAACUAAAAAUCAUUCAGAAACCUGUAAACCAAUUCAAAAUGCUUUACCUUUAUCAACUAAUAUUAUCCUAGAACAACUGAGUUCAAAUUUUCAAGAUGAUUCUCAAAAAGCUGGUCAUUCUCAGGAACAAUCUUUGACCCUUCCAAAUCAAGGUGAUACUCAAAGUCAAUCGGCUUACACAUCCCCUCUUUGCUCAUAUAUUUCCUGAUUUUCAAAAUGCUCCCAACAUAUCAAAUGAUUUCUAUACAUCUCCUCUUAAUUCAGAAAUAGAAAGUGAUUAUUAUUUAGAAAAUAUGUAAAAUUAUGUGAUUGCAGAAUCUUUUAUAGAUUUUAAUGAAAAUAGGCAUAUUUUUGUCGAGUCAACUUUUGUUAGCUAAUAGGGCAAACCAUUGCUCUUUUUUGAAAAUUUUCUCUACCAAUAUAAUGGUCUAUAUUGGUAUACAACUUAUUAUCAUUGUCUAAGAGCUGAAUGUAAAGUUACAUGUAAAUAUAUUCAGGAACACAAUAUCCAAAAUCCAUGAACACAUGUCUGACACAAACUUUAUUAAAGAAUUGCUUGAUAGUCGAGAUAUUAAAGAAAACAAGUUAUCAAUUUAAUAAUUUGUCACAACCAUCUUUAAAAUAACAAAAUGGUAACACAUUUGAUCCACAUUUUUUAUCACCAUA